AUGUUAAAGAUCUAUGAGGAUAUAAUCAAUGAGGUUAUAUCCAGGCUUGAGCAUGCCGAGGACGAGGCCAGCAUUAGUAAGUCUGCUAUCCAUGAACUCCGAAACGAGUGGAGGGAAAGGCUUAUUGAGUACACACAAGGGGAAUGGGACGAGGACAGGAUUGUUCAGAGAGGCGGAGAACAGGGAUAUCGGCACGUAAGGCCUUCAGAAGGGUCUGGAAGUGUUUUUGGGGGGAAUCCCACGAUGGAGAAGGAGCCUGGGAUGUUUGAGGACUACGAGAGCUUGAGCGGAUCGAGUGGAGACUCGGAGAUAAUAGGAAAGAAGGUUACCGCUGGGAACUGUAUGGUCUGUCUGUAUGUGAAGGUCAACAUGUCAAAGGGGAAGUGGAAGUGUACAUUUAAGCAGGGUUUUAUCAGCAUAGGGAAGAUAGACUUUGUGUUUAACUCCGCCCAGGGGGAGCUUGAGUGGUGA